CGACUAGGUAACAACUACCUAUCAACAAAGUCGCCAUAUUGAUAAGUGAAUAUGAUUUGAUUGCUCGGUUUAAAACACAGGUCAACAGAUUCUAUGAGAAUAAAAGGGUAUUUUUUAAAAACUGAAUGAAUCCAGAUAAAAUAUAAAAACAAUAUGGCCCACUACACUCCACGAUAUAACACCUGCUACUAUGAUCACCAAGCACGACGAGAUGUGUCACCUAUACCUUAUGUUGCUAAUGAUAAAUUUGGUAAAUAUGAUAAAUAUGCCCAACAACAAGAGCUAUGGUCACCACGUGGAUCACCGAGAGGAAGUCCCAGAAACGUUAGAGCAGAAGCUGGUUCUAGACUCGACAGAAAUACAUCACCUCCAUUAUAUCGAGAACAACAUAAUUCUUUAUCUCGUCUAGAAAACUAUGAGGACAACCAAACACAGGAACCACCCUUGUCAUAUCGCAGUCGCUAUGGUGACCAAUAUGGCUUCCGAUACCCUGAACAACCACUAGAUACACACAGAUAUGAAUACAAACCAAAAGUAGAAUAUUCCUGGGAUAGGCCAUCUUAUAAACCGUUGGAUCAAGGGGCUUAUUUAUUUGUAAGGUUUCCAACACGCGGUGGUAGUAACAUCAAUGUAGUUGCCCAGUCAUGUGUUCUCAACAAAAGAUCGGCUGAAGUACAGGGAGGACGAUUCCUGGGUAUUGCUAGAAAGAUACACGAGCAUGGGACCCCAUCUACGCACGAUGAAGCUUUAGUUGUAUAUAUAUUUAAUAAACCGGAAGCAGCUCGUCUAUUUUUCAUCAGUGAUAAGAGAUUUAAACAACCAGAUUUUCCACCACCUGCUGGUCAUUGUGAAGCGUGGUCUGUUUGUCGAUAUUAUUCACCUGAUCGCCAAGAAGCUUAUUCGACCUUUAUGAUGUCUGAAGUACGUUUAUUAAAUGGAGUUAACCACACCCAGUAUAAGGACGAAUUCUGUUCAAAAUUUGCGCAGCUGUUACUGGAUUAUAACGCUCACCCAUUUGUAAUCCAGGCCAAUACUAUAGUAUAUCUAAGACGCCAUUUUACAUCUGCUGAUACUAUAGUCACUUUACAUUUAUUUACAUCGCCUCGUCAGUUAGAAGAUGUCAUGGCUGAUGAUCGAUAUCUACAGUUAAAGAGGAUACACUCUGAAUUAGCAUCCGAAAUAUGUACAGUAUUUACCAUAGAUCCCAUUUUAUGCCCAUAACAAUAUAUUCAAUAACUAAUAAAAUUUCCAAGGUUUAAUUUCAUGAUGGACGCAGCAUUCAAUCAAAGUCUUUUGUUUGUGAUUAAUAUAUCAAUUUUAUGUAUAGUAUAUUUGGUCAGAAAUCAACUAUAUAAUAAUUAGGAUUAUCUCUUAUGUCUGUGUGAAUUGUUCGUUAUUAUCAAAAAUCUAAUUGUGAUAAAUACAUUUAUAAAUUAUUUUGAUUUACUUGUUGUUAUCUUUUAUAUUAUUACCACGUAUUAUAUUGUAAUUAUUGUAGGGUUGUUAGUAAUCAUCGUCUUAUCCGUGUGCAUGUCUAUUCUUAAUUACAAAAAAAAAAGAUUUUACUUUGUUAUAAUCUUUUAUAUUAUUACCAAAUAUUUUUGUUCAUAUUUGCAAAGUUAUUAUUCAAGUAUUAUAUUGUAAUUACUGUACCGUUGUUAGUAGUCAUGGUCUUACCCGUCCGUAUACCAUAUUCUUAAUUACAAAAAAUACAAAGUAAAAUCUGUCGGAUUAAUCUAAUUUGUUGUGUGUUUAAAUUUUAUCAAAUUUUAUGAAUUUGCAUAAAACUGCCAAUUGUUAUGUGCUUUGGAAAAUUGAAUGCACAUACCCCUGUACACCUUGUUAUAGAUUUUCUCUGGCUAGGUGGUUAAGACGCUGGGUCACUAGUCUGGAGGUCCGGUGUUCGAUCCCUGCAUUGGCCGAGAAAGUCCAUCUGGAUUUUCCGACCUGGUAUCUCCUUGUCAGUGGUGCAGAACGGAGGGCCGGACAAGGACAGCUGUCUAAUCCUCCGGAUGAGACGAAAAACCGAGGUCCCGUGUAUACAUUGGAAUGCACGUAAAAGAUCCCCUGGCAGUUGGAAUUCGAUAUAAGAGUAGGCGAUUGUGCCGCUGCCCGGGCAAAAUUUCCCUCCCUCAUAGCACACUGUAUGGCGUAUGCCCGUCUUCAUUAGCCCAGUAUAAGAGCAGAACAGUAGAACGUUAAACCCCAUUUCAUUUCAUUUCAUUUUUUACAGUGUCUUUAUGAAUGACUAUUAUGAAAAUUGUUAUCUACAUAUAAGAUAUUGUACAUUUACUGUUAUUAGAGCACCUAUAUAAUAGUUUAUAUAACGAUUAUAUCUAUUCGAUCUAUCAUAAUUACAUGUAACAAUAAUUACAUAUAAAUUGAUAAAAUAAACAUGCUAUUUAUUCAUAUUAAAAUAUUUUUCGC